AUGCACAACGGUGGGGUGGGGGGGUUCCACAAGGUGCGGAGAAAGCUGCUGGAGUCACUGCGGGAUGACGUGUACCAGCAGUGCCCCUCCUUCGAGUCCGACUCCGCCAUCUGCUUCGCUCUCUUCCUCAACCAGAUCCAAGACCCCAUGCAGCAGCUCGCACCAGAGGAGCUGGUUGCGAAGAUGGAGGCGACGAUCAACGAGGUGAACCGGCUGUGUGGCGAGGCGGGGGUGGCAGACGAGCUCUCUCUGCUCAACUUCGUUGUCUCCGACGGCCGCACUGUGGUGGCCACCAAGUAUUGCAAUCUGCCCCAUGAGGAGUGUGCGACGCUGUACUACGCAAGUGGCAGCCGGUUUGAGGCGCUGGACGGCAGCAGCAAUGAUUACUUGGUGCGCCACGCCGACCGCCGUGGGCUGCUGGGGAUCGUGGCCAGCGAGCCGCUCACUGAUGAGAGUGCGGACUGGAUUCAGGUCCCACGCAACACGGCGGUGGUGAUGACGCAAUGUGCCGCGCAACACUAUGGUGGUGAUGACGCGGUUCAAGGGCGAGUUCGUGGAUGUGCUGCUCCUGAAUCCCUGUACUCCCCACCCCCCACCCCUUUAGGUCCCGCGCAACACGGCGGUUGUAAUGACACGGUUCAAGGGCGAGUUCGUGGAUGUGCUGCUGGUGCCGUGACUAUGCAUGUCAGCUCUGCUCUUGAUUUGCCCCUCCACCUCACCCACCAGGUCCCGCGCAACACGGCGGUGGUGAUGACGCGGUUCAAGGGCGAGUUCGUGGAUGUGCUGCUGGUGCCCAUCAACCCGCCCCCCUCUGUGGCUCGCGACAUCUCGCGCGCCUUCAAGGCCCUCGCCAGCUGCCCGCCCACCUCCCUCAAGGUCUCCCUCAGACGCCCCAGGCGAGCACAGGGGAGGAGGCGGGCGCCUGCUGCUGGGGCUCUGCAGCAGCGCCAGCAGCAGCAGCAGCAGCAGCAGCAGCAACAGCAGCAGGUGGGGCAGUCUCCAGUUUCCAGUACCUCUUCUCAAACGGCGUUUUCUGCAACUGCAACCACUCCACCUCCUCUUGCUGCUGGUGCUUCUCCCGCUGCUGCUGCUGCUGCUGGAAGUGUGUCACCGGCGGUGCUACCAGCAGGAGGGGCGGCAGGAGGAGCGGGCAGCUGGAAGGAGGGUUUGCGAGACCUAGUCAGAGAUCAGGACGGGAGGGAUACCACGGGAGACGAGGAGGAGGACGAUGAAGAUGAUUUUGAUGGGGACGCGGAGAUUUACAGGCCGCGGCACGCGAUGGCGAAGCACCGGCAGCCGGUGCUGGCCCUUGCAGUGGAUGGUAACCGCGUGUUUGCGGGGUCGCAGGACGGGCUGAUCACGCUGUACGACCUGCGCGACUUCCGGUGUGUGUGCACGCUGGCGGGGCACAGCCAGACCAUCUUCUCCCUCUCCGUGCACCAUGACCGCCUCUACAGCUCCUCCACACGAGUCGUCAAGAUCUGGGACACCAAGACCUUCCGAUUGCUCUCCACUCUCCGGUACUCCGAUGGGGAUGUGUUCGCGCUCGCCCUCGCGCUUGGAAGGUCUGUCGCCGGCCCUGCAGGCACCUCCAUUGUUCGUUGCACCAGGGCGUCUGCUGCCGCUGCCGCUGCUGCUGCCGUUGCUAAGGGGCAUGGGGAGGGGCAGGGGGGUGGGCAGAAGCAGCUGAAGCAUCUGCACAGCUUGAAGGAUUUCGUGCUUCCCUCGGGUUCCUCCUUUCCCGAUGCCUCCACCAUGCUGGAAGCUUCUGUGUCACAACCAGCUGGUUCUACUGCUGCUGCUGGUGCUGCUGCUUCUGCUGCUGCUUCUUCUUCUGGUGCCUUCUCUCCAUCGCCUGCGGCAGCCAAUCACAGGUCGCCAGCUGCCAUGGCAGCAGCGGCGGCUGCUGCAGCUGCAGUGGCAGCAGGAGGGGAGGGUGUAGCUCGAGCCCGAACCAAAGGCCCAAGCUCGGGACUAGACGGUGGUUCUACAGCAGUGGGGUCUGGUGGGCAUGUGGUUCGGGUUGGGUUCGGGGAUCUCGCCCAAUCGUUGUCACCCGAAGCUCACCUGUACAGCUACCUGGAAGGGGCGAGGUCUGGCGGCGGAUCAGCAGCAGGUUCGUUACGUGGCUCGGGAGGGAGGUCUGGAGGUUCGUACAUGACAGUGGUAGGUGAGGGGGAGGAGGAGGAGGAUGAGGAGGUUGGAGGGAGGAGGGGUACGGAAGGGAAUGGUGGGAGUGGGGUGGAGGCAGGUGGGUGUUGUGGCGGGCAGAGAGAGGAGGUGAGAGUGGAAGGGUGGCAUCAGGAGGUGAUUGGCAGGUUACCUGAUAACCAGAAUGUAAUUAUGAACGGUCAGGUGAACGGUCAGGUGAAUGGUCAGGUGAAUGGCCAGGUGUUCAGUCAGGUGACUGGCCAGCAGCCGCAGCAGCACGAUACACAGGCAGCAGGGCAGCAGGAGCAGCAUCUGGGAGGAGGGGCGAACCCUUGUGAAGGAGGAGGAGGAGGAGGAGGGCCGGGAGGUACAGUGGUGGGUGGUGGAUGCAGCGAAGCUUUAAGCGUGGGUGGUGGUGGUGGUGGUGGAGGGGCAGCAGGAUUGGGAGCAGGAGGAGGAGGAGGAGGUGUGGGAGGGGCCAGCAGUGGAGUUGGAUGUGGGGCAGGAAGUGGGGGAGGGGUUGGCACGGUGUGCAACAGCACGGAAGCAGCGCUGGUGCUGACAGAUUCGAACAAGAAUGGUCACUGCAGCCGCGUCUAUGCUCUGGCUGUAGCAGAUCCCCUCAUCUGUAGCGGCGCCGGCGACACCUUUGUCAAGGUGUGGUCUUUGGUGACGGGCGAGUGGGUGGCAACGCUGCAUGGCCACAAGGGGGGCGUCAUGGCGCUCGCCACGGCUGAUGCAGCAGCUGACUCCUCCCACCGCUCCUCCUCCUCUGCUCCCAACCUUCUCGGCCCUUCCAAGCCUCACCAUGGACCGCCGCCCCGCGCGUCCAAGCCUCUGUGGCGCCUCUUCAGCGGGUCAAGGGACAACACGAUCAGGGUGUGGGACCUCUCAUCGUUGCUCUGCAUCACCACCCUCACCGGCCACACCGACGAUGUUGUGGGGCUCGCCACUGGCCCUAACAACCGUCUCUUCAGUGCGUCCGUGGAUCACACCAUCAGGGUGUGGAGCAUGGUGACAUAUGAGUGCGAGCGAGUGUUCCUUCAGGAGGGCUCCAUCUUCCUCUCCAUCGCAUGCACGCCCACCGGGGUCGUCACCGGCUCCAGCGACGGUGUAGUGCGGUACUGGGAGGUGGACUCUGCCAGCGUGGACCAAUCACAGUCCGCCACGGAGGACAGCAAGGGGCUUCCCACCGCCUCCCACUCGCACCACCUCCCGCAUUCCACUCCAAGCUUCAAGCUCCAGAACGAGUCGGUGGCGGCGGAGCAGAGGCUGAUGGAGGACACGCUGAGGCAGCUGGUGCGCAUGAGGACCGUCAGCACAUGCACGUCCCGCCUCGCUGCACAGGAGAUGUGGAGGGCGGCCAACGUGGUGAUGGGGUUGCUGGAGGACAUAGGGGCGGAAGCCAAGCUAGUGGUGGCCGUGGAUGGGACCAGCCCUGUUGUGUUCGGCCGCAUCGUGCAGGACCCCAGCCGUCUCACCGUGUGCAUAUGCGGGCAUUACGAUGUCACGGGUGCAGGCGAUAUGGACGGUUGGAUGAGCGACCCCUUUGAUCUGACGGCUCAGGACGGCUUUCUCAUUGGGCGAGGGGUGUCGAGCAGCAAGGGCCCGCUGAUUGCCUCGCUCUUUGCCAUCAAGGAUCUGGUGUGUCGGGGCGAGCUGGCAAUCAACAUUGUGUUUGUGAUCGACGGCAUGCAGGAGAACGGGUGCAAGGGUUUCAAGGAAGCAGUGUAUGCCAACCUGGACUGGUUUGAGGGCACGGGGCUCAUUCUCAGCAGCGAUGGCGCGUGGAUCAGCGACCAGCACCCGUGUCUGAUAUACGGCAUGCGGGGGCUGAUCUGUCUGACGGUGGCGGUGAGCGGGCCGCUCAAGGAUUUGCACUCGGGCACACACGGGGGCAGCUUCAACGAGCCUCUCAACGACCUUGUCACUGUGCUCUCCAACCUCGUCGACUCCAAUAACAUGAUUCUUAUUCCAGGGUUCUACGACGAUGUGAAGCCAUUGGACGAGGAGGAGGAGGCGUUGUACCAGGGGCUGCACUUCCGAGUGGAUGAGUACAAGGCGCGCAACGGGCUGGCGGCAGUGACAGGGGGCACGGCGAGGGAGGUGCUGCAGAGCUGCUGGCGCAGCCCGUCGCUGAGCGUGCUGGGCGUCUCCACCUCGCCCUCCUGCGCGCCCUCCUGGUCCUCCCUCCCCAAAGCUGCUUCCGCUAGGGUGGUGAUCCGGCACGUGCCGAACCAGAACCCUGACCGCCUGGUGCAUCGGUUCCGGGCGCACGUGGCGCAUGAGUUUGCCAAACUGCGGUCUGCGGGGAACUCCGUGACAGUCACGGUGGAGCACGUGGGCGACUGGUGGUUGGCAGACCCCUCCUGCUCCUUCUACCAGCUCGCAGAGAAGUGCAUUCAGAGGCACUGGGACAUGCCACCCAUGUACAUCAGGGAGGGUGGCACGAUGCCGGUGGUGCCAUUUCUGGAAUCAGCCUUGGGAGCGCCGGCCAUCAAGAUUCCCAUCAGCCAGGCCACCGACGGCAGCGCGCUCCAGAAUGAACGGCUGGGAUGGAGCCACCUCAUCAAGGGCAAGGAUGUGAUCCGGGACUUUAUCAAGGCUCUGGGGGACGGCAGCCGCAGCUGCUGA